AUGUCUUCUGAUCAAGAGGUUGUCCUCCAAACCAUAACGGAACCAAACCUGGGUGACGAGGGCCAUGAUUGCGAGAGCCUGCUCGUCAAUAUUAAUGACUCAUACGAAUGCACGACUAAAAAGCAGAAAUAUACGCUGGCUGCUUGGCUGGAGUGGAUUGUUUCUACAUGGAAAGAACAACCUGAGAAUUGCAAUACUUGGCCUUUGUCUCACACCAGGGUAGUCUUUCAAGGCUUGAAACGCGCAUUAUGGGGGCUGGUGAUUGUACUAGGAGUACUCAAUGCGGCCUCCCUUUGUUGGCGUGAAGUUGUCCUUCUCUUUCCUGACGAUUUCGACUACCGUCUCGAUGCUUGGGACUCUUCUAAUUCACGCCUUUCCAUUUUCUCGCACUGGACUACGGAUGGAACUCCCAUCAGUAAAUGUCAUUCACACAAUGACUAUUGGCGGAAAGUCCCUCUAUACUCUGCUCUUCGCGCAGGGUGUAUUAGCGUUGGAGUAGAUCUGUGGCUUGCCAAUGGGGACCUCGUUGUUAGCCACAAUCCGCCAGGCAGUGAACACAAAGUUACUCUAGACACCCUCUACCUGAAGCCGUUGCUAUGGAUGCUCCAACAGCACAACACUGGCUCUGGACAACCUGACAAGCGUGGUCAAGAUGAAAUCCCAGUAUCUGGGGUAUUUUCCAACGACCCAUCUCAAACCAUGAGCUUGGUCCUCGAUUUCAAGUCUAAUGGUGAUGAAUUGUUGCCAUAUGUCAUGAGCCAUUUGCAACCCUUGCGAGACGCGGGUUACCUUACUUAUUUUAAUGGGCGAAACGUUACCCAGAGACCGAUAACUGUCGUUGUCUCCGGGAAUAUAAAGCUCCACAAAAUCACUUCCAAUCUUACUUAUCGGGACAUAUUUUUCGACGCUCCUCUAGAUAAGUUGGAUACUAUAUUGUCAACUGAUCAGCAGACAUCCAUUCAUUACAACACUUCUGAUAGUUACUACGCCUCAGUAGACUUCAGCAAAACUGUGGGUAAGCUCCGGCGCAAUCAGUUUUCGCAAAGGCAAUUGGCCUUGAUUCGCGACCAAAUAGGAACUGCUCAUAAGCAUGGCCUCAAAGCAAGAUACACGGGAACACCCACCUGGCCCCGAGGUUUAAGAAAUCAUGUGUGGCAUAUUCUAGUGCGGGAAGGGGUGGAUAUCAUUGACGUGGAAGACUUGAGAGAGGGGACAAGACAGGAUUGGCGUAAACAUCAAAGCUGGCUCCUUUGA